GAGCGUCCCCCGGCUCAUCCCCGAGCGUCCCUCGGAUCGGUGCGGGCAUCCCGAGCGUUCCCAGCUCAUCCCGGCCUCGCCCCGAGCAUCCCCGGGCUCGCCUGGAGCAUCUCCGCUCUCGCCCCUGAGCAUCCUCCGGCUCUCCCUGGGCAUCCCCCGGCUCCUCCCGAGCAGCCCCGGCUCGUCCCAGCCCGGCCCCCCCGCUCCGGCCGCGUCUCCAGGGAAGAUGCUCAACGUUAUGGAUUUCUCCUGCCCGGAUCCGCUUUACUCCAAGUACGAGGAGAGCUGCGAGAUGAAAACCGGAGACCUGCAGGGCUUGGGGCAGCCUGAGCAGCAACUUCUGGCAGAGGCCGAUUUCCUCGGAGGUGAGCUGCUGGGUGCCCCCGGCAGCGGCGGGGCCGUGGAUUACUCUCUGCUGGGCAGCCAGCCCUCGCCUUCCCUCAGCUACACCGGCAGCUUCUUCAUCAAGGCGGUCCCGGAGCACCCGCAGGACCAGGAAUCCCUCUUCAACCUGAUGUCGGGGAUCCUGGGCAUCUCCCCCUUCGCCUCCUCCGAGGGCCACCAGAGGCACCUGGAUGCUCUUUACCCGUGUCCCGAGGUGGCUCAGAGCCAGCUGGAGCUGUACCCGCCGUGCCAGCCCGAGAUGAGCGGAUCCAGCCCGUUCCCGGAGCCGGGCUUCGGAGCCUUCCCCGCGGCCGAGGGCGCUCAGCCCCUGCCGGCACAGCCCGGGCUGGGAAACAGCUCCCAGUGCUUCUUCCAGCCCAAGCUGCUGGACAGCAAGCAGGACAUCAAGCUGUCCUCCGGCUCCUCGGCCCUGGACAAGUUCAAGGCCUCCUGUGGCCAGUGGGAUCCCCUCUCCCAGCAGCACCAGGCCUUCUUCCCCUCUCCCGAGGGCUUCGCUGCCGCCGACAGUGGCCAGGGGCUGUUUCCCCCGCUGGGCUCCAAGAUGGAGAGCGUCCUGUCCGUCAGCUGCCAGUCGGAGCUCGGCAGCCUGGCAGAGGACUCCGCCUGCUUCGGAACCCAUCUGGGCUUCGGCUGCGAGCCAGAAAACUUCCCGGCCCGCGGGGACUUCGCCGACGCCAAGAUCCACAACAUCCCCGCGCCCUUAAUGCCGGACUUCGACUCCUCCCUGGCCCAGCCCGAGGUCCUGCCGGGCCUGAUGAGCUCGGCCGAGCUCCUCCAUCCUCACCCCUCUCCUUCCGUCCCCCCCACGGACUUUCUGGGCCACCCCACGUCCUCCUCGCUCCCCUCGCUGCUGCCCCCCAACCCUCCGGCCCUGGCCGAGCCCAAGAAGAAGACGCGCCGGAGCAAAUGCUCCUCCAAGUGCUUCUGCCCCAAGCCCCACGAGAAGGCGUUCGCCUGCCCGGUGGAGAACUGCAUCCGGAGCUUCGCCCGCUCCGACGAGCUCAACCGGCACCUGCGCAUCCACACGGGCCACAAACCCUUCCAGUGCCGCAUCUGCCUGCGCAACUUCAGCCGCAGCGACCACCUCACCACGCACAUCCGCACCCACACGGGCGAGAAACCCUUCUCCUGCGACACCUGCGGCCGCCGCUUCGCCCGCAGCGACGAGAAGAAACGCCACAGCAAAGUGCACCUCAAGCAGAAAGCCCGGACCGAGGAGAAGCUCAAGGGCUUGGGGUUCUUCUCGGUGGGGCUCUCCUUCGGGCCGCUCUGAAGCUCCGGCCUGAGCGCUGCCCGGGCGGGCGGCGAUUCCCGAGGUCCCCCGAGCGUCUCAGGGGAGAGCCGGGCUGGGAGUUCCCUCCUGGGUGAGGAGGGAGGCGUUGGAGCCGAGCCGGGCACCGCGGGGCCCGCGGGAGGCGGUGCCGGGGCCGGGCCGCUCCCUGCGGGGAUGGGAUGCGGAGCCGCCUCCGAACCGCCGGGACCAGCUCCGGUUCCGAGGAGGGCAGCGGAAAAGCCGUGUACAGACAGAAAUCGCCACCGAGGUGGGUUCUGUGGACGCUCGGCGUUCGUAGAGGCCGGGCUGUGAUUUCCCAAGCCGGCGCUUGGCAGGAUGCUCCCGGCUGGAGAUUUCCCGGCCGGCACGGGAGAGAGACACCACCGGGCUCCGGCAACCGGUGCUAACAGACCCUUGGGAAAGGUGAUUUCAAUACUAUCAUCAUCAUCAUCAUCAUCAUCUUCAUCAUCUUCAUCAUCGUCAUCAUUCUGUUUGUAAAAAGAAAAGGCCUCUAUCAGGAAUAUUUCAAAUUUGUGUCUAUUUUUCUAAUUAAAGACUUGAGCUGAUCCAGGUCCUCUCUAA